UCCUUUCCUCCCUGUGAGCUAUCUUUGAUGUUAUUAGAAGUAAAUCAUGCAUUCUUUUCUAAAUAAUUGAUGGUGCAUGUUGCUAUGAUAGUGCAUAUUAUUAAUCAUCAUAUUGCUAUUCUUAGCCAAACUUUGAUCUGAUUUUGAGUGGAAUUAUCAUUUUAUUGAUGAUGUGUAACCUCACCAAGUGAGGGCUCUUUGAACCAACCAUAGGGAGAAAAUCCCGGAUACAUGACCCUACCGAACCAUGUAAUAGGAAACCCAGGGGAGCUCCUAGUGCGGAAUCAAAUUCAGGAUGUCUCGACUCUUAUGCCUAUAACUCAUCCCAGGCCUGCCCUUUGACCACCAGGCUGCACUCUUAUGGGUGGAAUAAUUUUUAUUUCUCGACAUAUAUGUCUGUGAUCAGUCUGGGAAAUGUCUUGCAAAAGUUUGGAUUACUUAGGUUGAAUCCACUAAUUGAUGGAUAUUGUCUUUGAAGGAAUUGUUUUUUCUCUAGCAGUAGACCAUGCCCUUUUUCAUGUUUUUGGCAUUAAAAGAAAUUCUUUUGCCUGUAAUUUUCCUAUCUCAGGUUGAAUGCUUAUGAAUAAUGCAUGAAUUCAAUUUUGUGUGAACUCAAACUGAAAUGAUGUUCUCCUUGAUGAUUCUUGAGUUUUUUCUUUAUUUUUGUUGUCGAUAAGGGUGGUACUUUUUCUUCUAUAGCGACCUAGAUAGGUCUUAUCUCUUGUUUACCUUCUUGUGUACUUGGGCUAUGCCGAUCCUUAUUAAUACUACCAUUUACUUAUAAAAAAAAAAGGGUGGUAAUUUUUAUCCUCUUGUCUUCAGCAUAAGGAUGAGGGGAUUCUUUGAUAAUCGAAGCAAGCUUCUUUUUCUAUGAUGAUCCUUACUAAGAAUUGGAUCUAACAACAUAAUUUCUAUAUUGGGGGCGGGAGGGAGGAGAGACGGUUGACAGAUUGAACCAAUGUCUAAAAAGUAGCAAGUCAAGAGAGAGGCCAGUGGCUAUUCUAUCAUACACUUAAUAAGAGAUGGGGAGUCAGAAGGGAGAAGAUAUUUUCUCUCUUUCACUUUGACCAUGUUAUUUGCAGUUGUAUGGGCAAUUAGGGGCAUAUGAAAUACAUUUUCAAUUGUAUGUUUGGCUUGUUGUUUAACUGCAUAUAUGUAUGAUGCUAUCCUACUCUUUUUUUUUGAUAAGUAAGAAAAUUUAUUAAUUCACAUAAUUAGGCAUAGCCCAAGUACACAGGAAGUAUACAAGAGAAAACACCUAAUUACAAAACAAAAGCUGGAAAAUCUGCACUAAAGUCGUUAAGACUAGUCCCCUCCAAUACAAUAACCGAAGCCCAAAGCAACAACGUAUGAAAGGAAAAACCUCUAAUCCCUCCCAAAGCAACAAUGUAUGCUAUCCUACUCUCAAGUGGUUAGGCCUGUGAAUUUCAAUGGCCUCCUACAGAGGCUCCAGUUUCUUGAAGCUAGUGAAUUGGUAUCCCCACAUCUGAAUUCAGCAAAUCAAUUAUUGGCAAAAUUAUCUGCCAACAUCCAGAGAGUGAUGGGCUUUGAGUACCAGUUAAACAGGAGCCAGCUUAUUGGAUCGCUUCUUGAUAUUGCGUCAUGUAAGCCAAUGUCUUGCUUCCACUCUCAAUUUGGUCAGUCUGCUUGUUGGGCUCCUUUUGAUAUUUACAUGGAGAAUGCAAUGGAUGGGAAACAACUCCCUAUCAAAUCUGCUGUUGAUGUACUUACAGAGACAAUUAAGACGCUCCAAGCAUUUAACCAGGCAAGCUGGCAAGAGACCUUCUUGGCACUCUGGCUUUCAGCCCUUCGGCUUGUACAACGAGAACGUGAUCCUCCAGAAGGUCCAAUUCCACGUCUUGAGGCUCGUCUUUGUGUCCUUUUGUCUAUUGUCCCUUUGGCAAUCACUAAUGUUUUGGAGGAUGAGGCAAAGUUGCGUCACUCUUCUAUUGCAGGAGCUACUUUUACUGGAUCUGUUGAGUCUGGGUAUGGACAUAAAAUGAAUGGAAAGGGCUGUGCGUCAAGGAAAGAUGGACUGAUUUCCUCUCUUCAGAUCCUUGGACACUUUUCUGGCCUCCUAUGCCCUCCUUUAUUGGUCACUGAUGCAGCUAAUACUGCAGCUAGAAAAGCAGCUAGUUUCAUUACUAAUGCCAAGAAUCAAAGGGACAUUAUACGUGGAGGCAGUCUUGUUGAUGCUUCUAUAAAAGCAGGAGGCAACAUGAGACACCUCAUAGUGGAAGCUUGCAUUGCAAGAAAUUUAAUUGACACGUCAGCAUAUAUUUGGCCCGGUUAUGUGUCUGCGCCAAUAAGCUCAUUGUCAGAUUCAUCAUCACAUGACAAAUCUCCUUGGUUAAUGUUUAUGGAAGGAGCGCCAUUAAAUGGCUCUCUAAUAGAUUACCUUAUCAUGAAUCCUGCUUCUAGUUUAGCAGAGAUAGAGAAGUUAUUUAGUAUAGCAUUAAAUGGGUCAGAGGAGGAGAAGUCAGCAGCGGCAAAGAUUCUAUGUGGUGCAUCACUUUCUCGUGGAUGGAACAUUCAGGAACAUGUGGUGCGGUUUGUGGUCAAGCUUCUUUCUCCUCCAAUUCCUCCUAGUCAUACUGGACCAGGGAGUCACUUAGUUGAUUAUAUGUCCAUGUUAUGUGCUCUUCUUUUUGGAGCUUCCUCUAUUGAUACUGUUCAUAUUCUUUCUUUGCAUGGUGCGGUCCCUGAAGUUGCUGCUUCAUUAAUGCCACUUUGUGAGGUCUUUGGGUCACUAAAACCUGCAUCAAGGAACAAAUCAAGCAAGGAUGAUGAGCCCUCAAUUUACAUGGUUUUUUCUUUUGCAUUUCUGUAUCUUCUUCGUCUGUGGAAAUUCUACAGGCCCCCUCUUGAGCAAUGCAUUUCAGAGCGAGGGGUAGCAGUUCGAGGUGAGCUCACUUUGGAGUAUCUUCUGUUAUUACGCAAUCGCAGCAUUUCCUCUUGUCAGGUUGAAACAUACAGCAAUCCAAACCAGUCUGAGCCAGCAUCAGGAAAACCUAUAUAUAUUGAUUCUUAUCCAAGAUUACGAGCAUGGUAUUGUCAAAACAAAUCUUGUAUAGCCUCCACACUUGCUGGCCUCUCUAGUGGAAAUCCUGUUCACCAAGUUGCUAAUAAGAUCUUAAGUAUGAUUUACUGGAAAAUGACAAAAAGUGCUGCCUCAUCCGGUAACUCUUCAACACCAAAUAGCAGCAGUGCAUGUGGAUCUCCCGGAAGUACUGGAGAAGAUGCUUAUCAGAGGCCCGUGCUCCCUGCGUGGGAGGUGUUGGAAGCCAUUCCUUUUGUUCUUGAGGCAAUUUUAACUGCUUGUGCCCAUGGAAGACUUUCAUCUCGGGAUUUGACUACAGGCCUAAGAGACCUUGUCGAUUUUCUGCCUGCAUCUCUUGCUGCAAUUGUUAGUUACUUCUCUGCAGAAGUUACUCGUGGCAUAUGGAAACCAGUUGCAAUGAAUGGAAAGGAUUGGCCCAGUCCAGCAGCAAUCCUUCCGUCAAUGGAGUCUGAAAUAAAAGCAAUACUUGCUGCUGUGGGUGUUGAUGCUCCAAGCUGUUCUACUGGGAAUUCACCUAUAAUGCUUCCCCUACCAAUGGCGGCCCUUGUCAGUUUAACCAUUACUUUUAAACUCGACAAGAGUCUGGAGUACAUCCAUUCAGUUGCUGGGCUGGCCUUGGAGCACUGUGCAUCUGGUUGUCCUUGGCCUAGCAUGCACAUAAUUGGAUCUCUAUGGGCUCAAAAGAUUCGACGCUGGCAUAAUUUCAUUGUUGUAUCAUCAUCCCGCUCUAUAUUCAGACAAAACAAAGAAGCUAUUGCCCAGCUACUGAGAAGUUGCUUCACUUCAUUCCUUGGAUCGCUCGACAUAUCAACUUCUUCAUUGAGUAACCAAAGUAGUGUGAAUGGUCUUUUGGGCAGCACUAUCUCUGCGGGUGGUGGUGGUCCUUCUGUUGCACCUGGAUUUCUGUUCCUGCGCUCUUGUCGAACAAUACACAAUGUCCACUAUGUAAGUGACGUUAUUGUAGGGCUUGUAGCAGAGUAUGCGAGGAAUUUAGCUUCCAGAUGGGCAAGCAUGGACUCCCCUCGUUUGAAGUCUAGUCAAGCAUCAUUAUCCACUGCCUCUGUUAGGGCAAGGGAGGUGGCAACGCUAGGUGCAAGCCUACUAUGUGUGACAGGUGGGGUUCAGCUAGUCCAAGAACUCUUCAGGAACACCAUUCCGACAUGGCUGAUAUCGUCAAGGAAACAGAAACUUCACAAGGUGAGUGCGGUGUCCCGUAUAGUAGAGGGGUAUGCCAUGGCAUAUCUGUUGAUAUUGUCCGGGGCCAUUGUAUGGGGUGUGGAGGCGAAACUGACAACAUGUGCAUUUUCUAGAAGGGCCUGCGUGGUUGGGGUCCAUAUGGACUUCUUGGCUGGGGUAUUGGAGGGAAACAUAUCACUUGGCUGUGAUCCCGCCACUUGGAAAGCUUAUCUCUCUUGUUUAGUUGGUUUAAUGGUGCGUUUCGCUCCGGCAUGGAUUCAAGAAGUGAAGCAGGAGACAUUGAGGAAAUUGGCCUGUGGAUUGAGAGGAUGGCAUGAAUGUGAGCUGGCUAUUUCUCUGCUUGAAAGAGGUGGAACUGCAGCCGUAGGAUCUGUUGCCGAGUUAUUGAAUGUAAUUAGUUGAAUUUCUGACGAGGAAUGUAGGAUUUGUUCAACAUGAUAAGAAAAGUUAUGAAUGCAAUGUACAGGGCACCCAUGGCAACGAGUACCAUACAAGGACAAGAUACUGAAAGCCGAUAGGUUUGCAUCUGUCAAGCGGCUUUGUCCAAGCGGUAUCUUUUGCUUGGAUAUAGGUUUUGCUGAACUCCGUAACUUAAGGCAAGAAUGGUGUUUUCACGACCAUUGCCUAGAAUUGCUCAUUGCACAAACAGCAGGUAUUGCCAAUGGAAAGCUUUUAGUUGUGUUUGA